AUUUGAACGUUGAACACUUUACUUCAAGUCUACUUGACCCAACUCACACUUGUACUAUACAAUGAACACCACACGGAACUCGUAAUGAUAGAUACCACGCAUACUGAUGAUACCCAACCUGAAAUGCCUUCUUCCAUGAACGGUUCUCUUUCUACAAUAUCGAACAAUGGCGAGACAACCACAAGCUCAGUUUCGCCAGUGAAGUCUUCACUGAAACUCCCGGCGAGCAGUAGAGUCCACAAGGAUACCAACACGACGUACAAGUCGCCGAAUCCUUCCAAGACUAUAGCCUUGCAUUCUCACAUCACUGAUGACACACUGCUUGCGUUCAACAAGUUUAUCUUGUACGAGAAUAAGCUCCGUUUCUACAUCGUUGCUUCAAACACGUCCGACUCGCGACACAAGAUCAUAAAGAUUGACAGGACGUCGCACGAUGAACUCGACGUUGUUGAGGACGACGCAACAUAUAACGGGAAGCAGAUGAGUGAAAUGCUGAAGAUGAUCGACGAUGGCAAUAAAGCCUCAGGUGGCCUUGGCAAAGCCAGAGUGCUAUUCGGUGUCAUUGGUUUUAUAAGGUUUACCGCUGGCUGGUACAUGAUCGCCAUCUCGAAGCGUUCAGUCGUCGCUCUUCUCGGUGGUCAUUACAUAUACCACUGCGAGGAGACCGACAUGAUACCCGUCUGCUCCGCUCAUAAGAUAGAGCGACCGACAGAAGAACAGCGACUCAUCAACAUAUUCAAACAGGUCGAUCUUUCCAAGAACUUCUACUUCAGCUAUACAUAUGACCUCACAUCCAGCUUGCAACACAACUUGACGUGCCCAAUUCCUUCUAGUCGGAUGUUCAACGACCGUUUUGCUUGGAACCAUCACCUCAUGACAACACCUUUUGCUGACAAAGAAGGACCUCCGCUCAAAGCUUGUUGGCUUCUUCCUCUUAUACAUGGGCACGUUGACCAAGCCAAGCUUACAGUACUCGGCAGGAUUGUGUUCGUGACUCUGAUCGCUCGUCGCUCUCGGCAUCAUGCUGGUGCACGGUACCUCAAACGAGGGGUCAACGAUGAGGGAAAUGUUGCCAACGAAGUCGAGACAGAACAAAUCGUUAGCGAGACUGUGACGACACCAUUCUACUACCCUGCCACUCGUGACACACCUACUGGCUCUAAGAAGCGACGACCAAGUCCCAACUUUACUAGUUACGUUCAGUACCGUGGAAGCAUACCAAUCUAUUGGACUCAGGAACUCAACAGCAUGUCUCCAAAACCCCCCAUUGAAAUCAACGUGAUGGACCCUUUCUACACCCCAGCUUCGCGUCAUUUUGACGACCUUUUCGCCAGGUAUGGUGCUCCUGUCAUGGUCCUCAACCUCAUCAAACGCCGAGAACCUCAACCGCGCGAGUCCAAACUUCUAGAAGAGUACACUCAAUGUGUGGAAUACCUGAAUCAGUUCUUGCCUCGGGGGAAGAAGAUCGUUUAUCGAGCGUGGGAUAUGUCGAGGGCUUAUAAGGAGAAGACCCAAGAUGUGAUUAGCUAUCUGGAGGAUAUUGCGGAGGAGAGCAUCCAGUUGACUGGGUUCUUCCAUUCGGGCCCUGAGCCCUACGCUCAUCACCUUCGGAGUGAGGUGGCAGCCGACACGACCGGAAAUGCGAUCCCCUGGCGCAAUUCCAUGGCGCUCCAAAACGGCGUCUGCAGAACCAACUGCGUAGACUGUCUUGAUCGGACAAACGCUGCUCAAUUCGUUUUUGGCAAGCGUGUGUUAGGACAUCAACUCUACGCUCUGGGUGUGGUCGACAGUCCGAACUUGGCAUUCGACUCGGACGCAGUGAACAUGUUGACAGAAAUGUAUCAUGAUCAUGGGGACACUCUUGCCAUGCAAUAUACUGGAAGUGCACUUGUGAAUCGUGUCGAGACAUACCGCCGAAUGCCUCAUUGGAACAGUCACUCCAGGGACAUAAUCGAGAACUUUCGUCGGUUUUACACCAACUCCCUCCUCGACGCGGACAAACAAGCAGCAAUCAAUCUCUUCCUAGGUGUUCACCACGACCGCCCCAUCAACGCGGCGCAAUCUCUAGCUCGCAAACGUCCUAAGUCCUACCGGGAUUGGUAUCGCAAGGAACACCUCGAUCGAGCUUAUGAUCUCCAAGAAUGCGAGGAAAGAAUACAGCAAUUCGUACAGGCACGGGGAGACUUUUGGAUCGAAUAUUAUAGGCCUCUUCUUUUCACAAGCCUUGGAAAGCAUUUCGUAUACUGCAUGAAUAGUACAUUGAAGUUGCCAGGGAAAACAGCAGCAGAUAUCAACUACAGUCCGUUCCUAGCUCAUCAUAACGUGAACCUCCAUCCUCCAAGGCUAAUGGAUGGCGUUCGUCGAUGGAUAGGUUCGAGUACCGUCGUCCGGCACCAUCCCCGCGUCGAGUUGCGCCAGGACAAGAAACAGGCUGCACGAUCGAAAGAGGUCCCAGAGAGGCCAAAGGAUAUUCACUCGACUGAGUAUGUCGCAACUCAGUUAUUGAAUCCAGACGUGUCUAAGAAAGAACGGGCCGAAUACGAGGAAUAUAUCAAUCAGACUAUAGCUCUCUUGAGUAUGGCCCACGAGCACGCCGAGCCUGGUGAUGAGAAGGUAUACGAGACCUCCGUUCGAGUGGCUCGUGGAGAAGAGGUCCGACUGUCGAACGAAACAGAUAAAGACUUGGCUACGUACACGGCGUUUAUCGAGAGGGGGAGCCCGGAUAUCGCUGUGGAUGCAUUCGCCAAGGGGAGAUUUCCAAUCACAUUCAACUAUGAAAAGUGGAUUAGUGGACCACAAGGCAUUUCUUGAGUUGAUCUAUAUUCGGACUCGGCACACGACCCAGAUAAGCACCGGCCUCCGAGUAGAGAACGCCAGCUUUGAUCUUGCCUGUCAACAACUGGACAGGUCUGCCUGGACCCCAAGCUCGGACUAGUGUGUUUCGCCGUAUGAUUUCUCGCUAUCUGUUACUCCAAUAUGUCUGUAUGUGCGGAGCUGUACACUGCGCGGGGUGGUCGCCAAUCUCGGGUGUUCGCUAUCACAGAGGGACCGAUGAUUAUUGAUGCAGGGUCACCGGUCAUUGCCAUGUGUGUACAUUCUGUGUCGUAGAUAAGUGAUAUCAGAUAUGCGGCCUGCGAAUUGCCAUGGGUUUCUCAAGAAGUGCAUCACGAACGAGGUUGGAUUCCAUCGCGAUGUCAUUCAUAAAUGAUCCUUGGAGUU